UCCCUCUGACUUGUGCAUUAGCGAAAAUGGAAGCACUUGCUCUCUCGUAUGUGAACUAAACACCGGCGCAUUCGGAUGCAAAGUCAGCCUCAGCCCACAGACUUGACAGCCCGGUGUUGGAGGUGUCACGCCUUUUCAGGAGCUAAAGUGUGUUUGUACACUGAUGGACGUCCUCACAGCUGGCUGAACGGAGACAACGCGGAGCGGGUUGUCUUUUUUUUUCUCCCUUCACGCUCGGUGCGGCUGUUUGCUGGUUCUUCACUCGGAUGUAACCACACGCCCAUGCGACGAUGUCGGUGGAUACCGCUGCCUUCAGCGUCUAGGUUCGGUUAAAGUAAACGUUACGUGUUUACGUAUUAAAAUAACAGUCUUGCGGUUGUUUUGGAGCGGACGACGCAAGCUUUAACCACAGACCUAUAACGUUUUACCCAUAUAUAGAACACACUAACCUUUUAAUAAUAGUACGUAUUAUUGUUCUAGUUUUAUUUGGAGUAGUAUGAAGGAUGUAAGUCUGUUGAUAAAAAGGCAUCAAGGAACCGAAGUGGACCUCACAGUUGCACAUGCAAACCGUCGCUGACACUGUUUUCCAUCUUAUUGCCACCGUGCGAUUAUUUGUGUCUUCCAUAGAGGAGUCGCGGACAAUUCACACCUCUGCUUCAAGACUAUCGAUCGCUGAUGUGAAGCUAAGAUGCGUCUGGCUGCUGUGAGAGCAACAGGACAAUAAUGGUCAAUGCUGGCACCGCUUCACUCUCUUCUUCUGCGGGUGCGCUCGCACAGUGGACUCGUCUCCAUCGCAAAUGUAGCCCAGCAGAUGCGACUGGUCCAGGCCGCUGCACAGACACCGAUGCGGGUCUGUUGAGCCACUUCACAGGCAUUGAAUACCUGCAGUAAUACCUAAUUUCUCUGGGCGUUUUUGGCAAACGACUAUUCAGGGACGCUGGAGAAUUUAGCUGGGAGCGUCUUGUCGGGAUGUAGGGAGAAGAGAGAGCAGCCCAUAUUCAUGGAGAUGGCAGUCUGGGGAGGUGCGUCUACACUGUGCUGGAUGAGAAAUAAUGAGGACCUCUGCUCAGAGGACUGCACUCAGCUCACACAGAGACAGCUGCUUGUUUUGGCACCAUUAACGGUUUAUAUCCCACACUAAAAUUAAUCAGACAAUCAAUUGUGGGUUUAUUGUUAGUCUCUGUAGCUCCCAGGGUCAAUGUGCUAGUUCUUAAUGGGAUGAUCUUAACUACAGGAGAGGUUAUUUAAUAGACUAAGUAGGGGCCAGAUUUCGUAUCAUUUUGUCUUAUUUAUAGAUAAAGCAAUUUUAGGGCAUUCACAUGAAGUAUGUUUUAGUGAUACUGACACCAGAGAGAGAAAUAAUGUCUGGAUUUCAUUCACACCUCUCCCUCUGAGCAGGCUGUUGUCAGACUGACGGGACUUUUUCCAGUGGAUUUCAUCACACCUGCUGCUUCUCGGAUAAACACAGACAUCUUCUGUCAGGAGUCAGUAGCAGCCUUUUUAAAACACGCCCUUGUGGAUACAAUCAAUUUUGUUUGCAGGCGGGUUUCACUCAUAGAUCUGCCCUGCUGAGAGUCAUUGUUUGACCUGGAGUACAUUGUCCCCGAGUGAACUUGCCAUUGGGUAUACAUGUUACUUAUACACUGCAUAGCAACAGCACAGAAGCAACCAGUGACAGGAUUUGGCACAGUUUCAACAGCGAAAUGUGGUGAUGGGGAGAGCAGUUGCAGCUCUCUGAUCCUCUGAUCCCCACUCUCACCCACUGGUGGUCGAGGACACCUCGUCUCAGUCAAUGGGCCCUGUAUGGAUUUUGUGCCUGAGUUGACAGAGGACACGGCGACAGUGUCAAAAAGCAGUCAGGCUGCCAUGAACCCAUACGGCAAAGCGAACAGAACAGCAGCCCCCCUGUCCUGCACCAGCUGUGGGGGCUGCUGCUCCCCGCCUCCCCCUUGCCUAAUCCCGCCUGGGCCUCCCUCUUCUAACACCUCCUCCUCCUCCAUGCCGCUGAAUAUGACCCCUCCACCACCAAUGCUUCCGGCUCCAGUUGUGCAGGUUGAGAACGGCAGCAGCUGGAACUCCUCCACCAUAUCUUCUUUUGGCUCUCCAGACUCCCACCCCGGUCACCACUGUGGCACCAGCAACCCGUACUGGACAGCAGUCUUCGACUACGAGGCCACAGCAGAUGAGGAAUUAACCCUACGGCGUGGGGACCUUCUAGUGGUUCUCUCCAAAGACUCCAAAGUGUCUGGGGAUGAGGGUUGGUGGACAGGUAAGAUCCAGGACAAGGUGGGUAUCUUUCCAAGCAACUACGUCACUAAGGGCGACGCUGCCAACUACCAGCAAUUUACUGCAGGAGGGCUGGUGCCAGGCGGGGUGGGUGAAUGCCCCUUGGAAAUAGACUUCUCAGAAUUGCUCCUGGAGGAGGUGAUAGGAGCUGGUGGAUUUGGGAAAGUAUACAAAGGAGUGUGGCGGGGAGAGGAAGUAGCAGUAAAGGCCGCCAGACAAGACCCUGAUGAGGACAUCAGUGCCACAGCAGAGAGUGUGCGGCAGGAGGCCAGGCUGUUCUGGAUGCUACGGCACCCCAACAUUAUUUCACUUCGGGGAGUUUGUUUGCGGGAGCCUAACUUAUGUCUAGUGAUGGAGUACGCCAGAGGAGGGGCUUUGAACCGGGCCCUGGCAGGAAAGAAGGUCCCCCCGAGGGUUCUGGUGAACUGGGCUGUCCAGAUUGCCACAGGGAUGGACUACCUGCACAACCAGGCAUUUGUACCCAUCAUCCACAGAGACCUGAAGUCCAGCAAUAUCCUCAUCCUGGAGCCGGUGGAGGGCGACGACCUGAGCAGGGAAAUCCUAAAGAUCACAGACUUCGGUCUGGCCAGAGAGUGGCACCAGACCACCAAGAUGAGCGCAGCAGGAACCUAUGCAUGGAUGGCACCGGAGGUCAUCAAGCUCUCCCUUUUCUCCAAGAGCAGCGAUGUGUGGAGUUUUGGCGUGUUACUGUGGGAGCUGCUGACCGGCGAGGUUCCUUACCGGGAGAUUGACGCCCUCGCCGUGGCGUACGGCGUCGCCAUGAACAAGCUCACACUUCCCAUCCCGUCAACCUGCCCCGAACCUUUUGCUCAGCUUCUGGGAGAGUGUUGGAGCCCGAACCCCCGCAGCAGGCCCUCGUUCACCAGCAUCCUGAGGCGACUGCUGGCCAUCGAGCAGUCGGCCAUGUUCCAGAUGCCACUGGAGUCGUUCCACUCCUUACAAGAGGACUGGAGGCUGGAGAUCCAGCAGAUGUUUGACGAGCUCCGGGCCAAAGAGAAGGAGCUGAGGUCCUGGGAGGAGGCGUUGGCUCGAGCAGCAGAGGAGCAGCGGGAGCAGGAGGAGCAGCUCAGGAGGAGAGAGCAGGAGCUGGCCGAGAGGGAGAUUGACAUUGUGGAGCGAGAGCUGAACAUCAUCAUCCACCAGAUGUACCAGGAGAAACCCAGCGUGAAGAAGAGGAAAGGCCACUUCAAGAAGAGCAGGUUACUGAAGCUGGGCCGCGACAGCAACUGCAUCAGUCUGCCCUCUGGCUUUGAGCAUAAGAUCACAGUGCAGGCGUCUCCCAGUGUGGACAAGAGGAAGACCCAGGGGAGCGAGAGCACCACUCCACCUGCCAGCCCGGGGGUCAUACCACGACUGAGAGCCAUUAGAUUGACGCCUAGCGACGGCAGCAAGACGUGGGGACGCAGCGCCGUGUGCAAGAAGGAAGACCUGACGACGAACAAGAAGAAAGGACGCACCUGGGGACCGAGCUCCACCCACCAGAGAGAGAGGGUCGGCGGGGAGGAGAAGCUGAAAUCACUUGGUGAGGGAAGCAAAGUUUGGUCCUCCAGUGCCCCAAAUCUGGGCAAAUCUCCCAAACAUGCACCGAUGACCGCUGGCUUCUCCAGCCUCAAUGAAAUGGAGGAGUGCUGUGAGUUUGAGGACUCACCCGGGUCCUUGCAGCCCUCGGAGACCAGCAGUAACGGAGCUGCCGAGGACUCGGGGUCUCUGUGGGGCAGCCUGGGACCCAACACCGUGCCUGGCAUUGGGGUUCCUAACGUCAGCUCCUGUCAGGGCCCUGGAGGCCUGGGGUCAGGGGUGAGCUACCAGGACUCGCUCCGUCGCUGCAACCAGAGGAAGAAGAGUGACAUGUUGUUGCUGGGUUGUGCGUCUCUGCUCGCAUCUGUCGCCCUCGGACAAGACCUGCUGCAGCUGGGGAAACUGCAGGUGCUUCAGGAUGAGCAGGACCUCAGAGAGGAACAGCGAAAGAAGAAGGAGGGUCUCUUUCAGCGGACGGGACGUUUCCGUCGCAGCACCUCUCCACCCAGCCGAAACCUCUCCCUGUCCCUGUCGAGGCAUCAUGACUCCGCGCUGCCCAGCAUGGACCCUUCUCCCUCUGUAACACUCCUUUCUCUGUCCUCUCUGUCUGACUGCAACUCCACAAAGUCCCUCCUCCCCUCAGACCCAGACGACUACCCCCUGACUCCGAUGAUGGGGGUCAAAACACCGGCCGCUCUACCGACCCCUGCCCUCAACCCGCUUUUAGACCUGCGGGCAGAGAGCUUUAAGAAGGAGCCCAACCAGUCGCUCACGCCCACUCAUGUGUCUGCAGCCAUGGCCGUGAACAGAGGACACAGACGCACUCCUUCAGACGGGGCGAUACGACCCAGAGCCCAAACCCUGGGACACCGCAGGACGCCGUCGGAUGGGAGCAUGCCCAUGCCUCCUCCACCAGGGGCACAACAAAACAAAACAAACAAAGGCACACAGGACAUCGCCCUUGACAUCCCCCGUCUCCCUGACCCCGCCACCAUUUUCCCAGUCCCCCAUCGCCGUAAAGCCCCCGCUCCGCCAAUCCCUGACCCAGAUCCUCACAGCCUUAUCAGCCCCAUGGAGAGACCCAAGACUCUGGAGUUUGCCCCCCGGCCGCGGCCCACGCCGGUCCGGAUGCGAGCCGACCCGUGGAAGCUGGGCUCUCUCUCCCGGACCCUCAGCUCGUCUCCAGGCAGCAGCUGCGAAAGCCCGCUGGGUUCAGGAGACAGCGGCGCCAGUGCAGCGCGACCCAACCUGAUGGACAUGGACAUGGAGGGCCAGAGUUCGGACCCUACCGUCCCUCUGUGUGGACAGAGGAAGCCUGCCACUCUGUGUGGACAGCAGUACUGAUAGUGAAACAUUUCAGCAUCAUCCCAAUAGAGAAUGCCUUCUGGUGUCUGAGCCGAGCAAAGUGCACUCAUAGACGUGUGCAAAAAACUCACACAUAUAUGAAGCCGUCCCCUCUUUAGUGUCCUAAUAAGGUGUAAACUCUUGACAGCGACAGAACACUUUAACCUGCAUGACUCUGAGGGGCCUUGAAGUGUGCUCACCUACAGUGCCCACUUUACCCGACACCUCUUUUCUUUCCCUCCUCAUGGGCCAUCUCUACUUUCUCCUUAGUGCCCCGUGAUUAGAUUGCUUUUCCUUCAAGGCUCACAAACUUCAAAAGCCAUUUAAGUGCUUAAGGGGCAACUUUGCUUUUUAUCGUCGCUCACUAAUCGUUCUCGCUCAUCUGCUCGUGCUUUUGCUCGUCUGUUUGCUCGCAGCUUCUCUGCCUUUUUACUCCAAAGACCACAAACGCCGUCUCGUUGCUCACAUACACGUCUGUUGUUCCAGGUUGUCUUCUCUCGAGAACAAAAUGUCUUCAUAUAGAGAGUGUCCUUGUUCUUAUUUUGCACGUCCCGUACUUCUGCCGGGUUCAAUCCUCACAUGUCAUCUCAUCAUCUGCAUGGAGGAGGGAGGGUCAUCGUCUUCUCAACGCACUGGUGGCCCGGCGAUAUCCUCAGCCUUGUACAUUACUUUAAAAAAAAAGAAAAAAGAAAUAGAGUUUAUUUUCUCAGUGUUUGCACCAUUCCUGUUGCAACCUGUUAGCAAAAGUGAUUUUCUAUUGGUUUGGCAGCCCAGGUGUGAAUGUGUGUAAAUGACUGUAUGUAUGGGUCCAUAUUUGUGUGCCGGUGCACAGUCGCACCUGUUUUUUGUUUGUUCGUUUUUAAAAAAACACCUACUCACGCCACUAAACACGGACGCCAACAUUAAGGGAAACAAACUACCUGAUUUUAACGUCAACCUCAUAUUUAUGUAGGACCAAGUCGAAGCUUCACAUUCUCUCCUCUCUGACCUGCUGUGUUCAACAUCAGUGGCACUUUAGGAGCCGCGGCGUGCGACCAGUUCAUCUCUGUGGACCGGUGUGGACUCGGCACAUUCUGUCUCUCUGUCUCUGGAGUUGUGUUUUUGUAUGGGGGGGGCAGUUCAGCGUGGCCGCAGGUUGGUAUAGUACGUACUUGACUGUGGACAUUUCUCUCGGUGAGUGUGUGAGUGUGAUUACGAGUGUGUGUUUUACUAUUUGUAUGGGAUCAGGACAAUCCCGUUAGCAGAAGAGUGUGUUUGAACUCAUUCUUCCUGUGUGGUUAAGAACUCUUGAGUAUUUAUUACCUUUAUUGUUAUUAUUGGAAAAGGAUUAAUUAUAUUAUUAUUAUUAUUAUUAUUACAAUGCUCUUCCUGGGAUAUCUGUAUAUAUUUGUUAAUACAACAGGAAAAAAAACCAAGGAAACCCUAGGAAACUGCUCACUGAAGCGUCCGUGUUGUCUCCAGUCCUAACCUGUGUCAUUUCUGGGAUUCAACGAGGAAUUAUGUGGGAUCUGUGAUGAAUGACAAGCAGAAAAUAAAAAAGAAAGAUGCUUCAGUGUCA